AUGGAGGGUGGCAGCCUGGAAUCGAGCGUCCUCUCGCCGCGUCUGCCUGCACUGUCCCAACAUCCAUUCAUCAGCAGCCUCCUUCACCCGACGGCGCCGAGCGAGCCUCCAAUCCACACCGAGCAAAAGUCCACAGAGACAGCGUCACGUUGGGGAGCACAAGAGCACAAGGCCUCACCGUGCCCCGGUCCCACAGAGCGCAACGCAAGAUCGAACCAAGCCUGCGGUGCGAGUGCGACUACGAGUUGCAACCUCGUCGAACGGGAUCCGACGCAUCCCAGCCACAAACUGAAGAACGACACGUCGCGCCAACAACCGUCACCGUAUCUUGACGUUUCGCUUAGGGCCAUUCCACGUACAUUCCCCCGGUGCGGUGAGCAGAGCAGCAACGCAGCAGAUCUCCAACCAGUGGGCCGUCUUGCCGGACAUUGCCACGGCGGACCCACAUCGCCGAUGCCGCUCGCGGCCCCACGGGUCCCGCGCCGUUUCGAGCUCGCUCGUUGUUUCACAGAUCCGCCACAGCGCCGCCGAGGGCGCGAGCCGUAA